CACCCGGCGCCUGCCUCUCAGACUCGGGACGCGUUUCUCCUCGGCUUGUUUCCGGUGUGCGUCUUGCAUAGCGGGAAGACGUCUCCGAGACAGAAAUGUCCAGCGGGUUUAGUUUUGGGGCGGGGGGCGCCUCCACCACCACCACUACCCUCAAUCCGGCAACUGGCACGGCGGCGCCAUUCUCCUUCGGAGGAACCCCAGCUGCGAGUAACACUGGUACGUCGUUUGGUUUCGGUGCCUCGGCAACUCCUACAACAAGCGCACAGUCUACAACGGGUUUAUCUGGAACUCUCUUUGGAGCAAAACCUGCCACAGGAUUCACAUUAGGAAUGACGAAUACAGCGCCAGCAACAACCUCCACAACGACCCCAGGCUUCAGCUUGAAUUUUGGCAAACCUGCAGGAUCUGCUACACCUUUCUGUUUGCCAGCUGCAACUACCUCAACCGCUGGGUUUUCCCUCUCCUCUACCCCAGCAACAGGAACUGGUUUUACAUUGAAUUUGGGUACGUCCACACCUGCUGCUACUACUUCUGUGUCCACUACUGGUCUGUCACUUGGUUCCCUGUCCAGCAUGACUGCAUCGCCAUUUCAGAAUACAGGUGCAGUAUCUUCAGGUCUGGGACAGAAUCCUUUAGGCUUGGCUGCUCCUGCUGCACAGACUACUGCCAAUGAAGGACUCGGUGGAAUCGACUUCAGCAGUUCUUCAGACAAAAAAAGUGACAGAACUGGAACCAGACCAGAGGACAAUAAAGCUCUGAAGGAUGAAAAUCUACCUCCGUUAAUCUGCCAAGAUGUGGAAAUUUUUCAGAAGUUUGUGAAGGAGCAGAAGCAAGUGCAGGAGGAGAUCAGCAGAAUGUCCUCUAAAGCCAUGAUGAAAGUACAGGAAGACAUCAAAGCUUUGAAACAGCUUUUGUCUGUGGCAUCCAGUGGCCUUCAGAGAAAUACUCUGGCUAUUGAUAAGCUGAAAAUUGAAACUGCUCAGGAACUCAAAAAUGCAGAAAUUGCUUUGCGAACACAGAAAACACCUCCCGGCCUUCAGCAUGAAAAUACGGCCCCUGCUGACUACUUCCGGUCAUUAGUUGAGCAGUUUGAAGUCCAGCUGCAGCAGUACAGACAGCAGAUCGAGGAGCUGGAAAACCACCUUGCGACACAAGCCAACAGCUCGCACUUAACGCCGCAAGAUCUCUCCAUGGCAAUGCAGAAACUCUACCAGACAUUUGUAGCCUUAGCAGCACAGUUACAAAUCGUUCAUGAAAAUGUUAAGAUGCUCAAAGAACAGUACCUUGGUUACCGGAAAGCCUUCUUGGGCGACCCCACCGAUGUCUUUGAAGCUAGGAGGGCCGAAGUGAAGAAAUGGCAGAGCGCUCCCCGCGUUACCACUGGACCGACUCCUUUCGGCAACAUCCCAAAUGCGGCCGCCAUCGCAAUGGCUGCCACCCUGACCCAGCAGCAGCAGCCUGCUACAGGGCCUCGGCCUUCUCUGGGAGUGGGUUUUGGAGCACCAUUCGGCUCUGCUAUGAGUACUGCUCUGCAGCCGGCUGGCUUGGGCUCUUCAAAUCUUGGAGGAUUUGGAAGUAGUUCUGCUUUUGGAGGUAACACCUCCGGGGCCUCCACCUUUGGCUUUGGAACACCAAAUAAACCAUCUGGAAGCCUCAGCGCAGGAUUUGGCAGUUCAUCUACAUCUGGAUUUAACUUCAGCAAUCCUGGGAUCAAUGCAUCAGCCGGCUUAACCUUCGGAGUCUCUAACGCCUCAUCGGCAGGUUUUGGGACUGGAUCACAGCUGCUACAGCUUAAGAAGCCCCCAGCUGGAAACAAGCGAGGGAAACGAUAGACAUUUUAGGCAAUCUCGUGUAGUUAGUGCGUUGAAAAGAUCUAUUUUUCUAAACAAGUGCUGUAAUUGUUCCCCAAGAGGUUUAUAAAAGUUUUUGAAAUGUAAAUUUUUUUUUUUCCUCUUCGAUUUAUUUUCACGUCCGGAAGUCAUUCAUAUAUCUGUAGUGUCUACCCUGCAAACAUAUCAUGAAAGCUGUUCCCACGAGUUAAUAAAUUCAAUACACACCACUUGUCUUCA